AUGACAAAAUUACACGCUUUAACUUACUUGAAGGGAAAUAAUUUUUUUCUUCAAAACCGUAAGCAGUACUACAAUUAUGGAACAACAAAAGGGGCGAUGUCUCUACAAAGCCUUUGCCAUCAUUUUAUAAGACGCACAUGUGCAGAAACAAUACAUCCAUUUUAUUAUGAGAAUUUCUCAACCCUAGAAAGGAAUAAUAACCCGGCUGAAGGUGCAAGUAGAAACCAAGAGGAUAAUAGGAACAUGCGUCAUUCCUUGACGACAAGUGGAAAGAAGCAGGGGGAAAUAAACGAAGCAGACAAUAGGGACGAAGUUAAUAAUGGAACUAUGGAGGAAAAUCACAAGGAGAUAAUCUCGACAGAUGAUUCAUUACAAGAAUUUGGAUACAAAUAUGAAAAGCACGAACCAACCAUGUUUGGUGAUUGGGCCCACAAUUGCAGAGUCACAGAUUUUUAG